AUGCAUGCCCAGGGCCGCCCUGGCCCACUGCCCCCAGCCCUGCCUCUCAUGUCCUCCACUCUGAUGCUUCUGAUGAGUGGUCUCUGGCUGAUGGGGGCCGGCCCCAGCCUGACCCUGGCCCCAGAGCUGCUACUGGAACCUUGGCAGGCGCACAGGCUGUUAACCCAUGCCCUGGGCCACGUGACCCUGCCCAGCCUGCUCCUGAGCCUGCUGCUCCUGGGCACACUGGGCUGGCAGCAGGAGCAGCAGCUGGGCACCCUGCGGUUCUUGCAUGUGUCGGCCCUGCUCACCGUGGCCGCUGGGCUGCUGGCUGUGCUGCUGGCGGGCCUCGGGGUGCCCGGUGUGGCCGGCGGCUGCGGAUACAUGCCCAUCCACCUGGGCAUGCUGGCAAGGCUGAGCCAAUACCCUGGACGGCCCUGAGGGGCACUGCCACAGUGGCUGUUGCCAUGGCUGCUCUUGUGCCUGACCCCGCUGCUGAGCUCCGAGCCCCCCUUCCUUCAGCUUCUCUGCGGCCUUCUGGCCGGCCUGGCCUAUGCAGUAGGGGCCUUCCACUGGCUCGAGCUGUCAGAGCGGCGGCUGCAGGCCCUGCAGGAGGGUGCCAUGUGCAGGGCUCUGGCAAGGAGCUGGCCACUGAGGCUCCUUCCUGCCCAAGGCAGCUUGGCUGAGCUGCCUGUCACCCAUCCUCCUGGUGCGAGGGCUCCUGGACCUCCUCACGCGACCUCCGCUAGCCUCUGGCCCUACAGUGAUGUAGCAGUCCCGCUUCUGCCCAAUCUGGGGACUGUGCAGCCCACCUGGGAGGGCUUUUCAGAGGCCAGGCCUAGCUUCCCCCUGGACCCCCAACUGUGGAUGUCGCUGGAUGAGCAGAUGCUGCAGGCGGGGCUCCAGGCUUCCCUCCUGGAGGGGACAGCCCAGGGGCCUGAGAAUCCACUGUGGCUGUCUAAGUCCUCAGUCUCCUCUUUGAGGCUGCAGCAGCUGGAACGCAUGGGUUUCCCCACAGAGCAGGCAGUGGUGGCGCUGGCAGCCACAGGCCGCGUGGAAGGGGCCGUGUCACUGCUGGUUGGCGGGCAGGUGGGGGCUGAGGCCCUGGUCACAGAGGGGAAGGGCCAGCCUUCCCACCCCGAGGGCCACAGCCCCCCUCGCUCAGGCAGAGGGCAGGGAAGAUCUGCCUGUGACACAAGACCUGACCCUGCACGCUGA